AUGAUGAUCAUGAUGAAAAGUGUUGCUUUGGUCCUAGUGUCUUUCCUUUCUCUGUCCUUCUCUACUCCUCCUCCUCCUCCUCCUGAUGUGCUCAAAUGGACUGAACUUGAAGUUGGGAUGAUGUACUCAUAUGACAUGGUCUCCUUCACUAGCCAAAUAAGUAGCAACACUCAAUAUUUUUGUCUUGGGGUGGGGGGCAGUGGAGGGUCCCUCCCUCCUCCCUCUCUCUUCAAUCCUACUCUCAUUGAUACUGAUAACUGGUUGAAUGCAGCAGCAGCCAUUGGAGCUAAAUAUGCAGUCCUGGUAGCACAGCAUUGCAGUGGAUUCAGCAUGUGGCCGACUGACAUUAAGAAUGAAACCGGGUUCGAAUACACUUACAGUGUUAAGAACUCUCCACUUAGCAAAAGAGGAUUCGAUAUUGUAAAAGCUUUCAUCGACAGCUGCAAGUCACACAACAUACUCCCAGGGAUAUACUACAGCCUAAACCAGAACUAUUAUCUCAAUGCUGGACGAGGUAUAGUGAAAAACUCAGAGCUGGUACCAGGACAGGCAAAAGUAUCUCAAGAUCUUUAUGGUCAAAUCGUCCUAGCACAAAUGAAAGAACUUUGGAGUAACUAUGGGGAACUGGCGGAGAUAUGGUUUGACGGAGGCUGCUCUGUUCCUGGAAUUUCAGAUAACAUCUCUUCGCUUCUUGAAUCGCUCCAACCUCAUGCUGUUUAUUUUCAAGGAUGUGCCAAGUCAAACAAUCUCCGCUGGUUGCAUGCUUAG